AUGUCGAGAUAUCGGCCUGAGUACCGAAGUUCUGGGGACUUGCCAUACCGCGAGGCCCCUACCGCUCGAUGGGAUCGAGAUUCAUUCGCUCGCGCUGAGCGAGAUCGAUAUGGUCCACCCAUAAUCGAGCAGCGACCUCCCUACGCCGAACCAUAUUCUCCUCCUCGUCGGUCCGCUCCCGUAUACGAGGAGGAGCGCUACUACGAAAGUGACCGUUAUGGCCCUGGAGGUCGGCAAGAGCGUCGCUAUUACGAAGAUGACUACUACCGAGACGAUCCGCGAGCCGCCGGAGGCGCCAUGAUCCCUUUCAGACCCGAAAGACCCGCCAGACCCGAACCGCCUGCUCCCGUGGCCCCUCCUCGAUUGCUUCGCCGUCAGUCCAGCCUAGACUUCUACGACCGCAGAGGCCCCCGCCGCUACGACUACGAUGACCAUGGACCGCCACCUCCAAGGGGGCCUCCGAGAAGAGGGGGCUAUGAGGUUGAGCAGCGGCAAUAUGACGAUGUUCAAGUUCAAGACCCUUAUGCUUAUGGAGACGAUGGAUUUCGAGAGUACAGAGAACGCGAAUGGGUUCGCAAGAGAAGGAAUAGCAGUGGUGGCCGAUCUCGCUCUCGUUCGCGUCCUCGCAGUGAAUUCGUCGAAUCUACAAAGGAAGAAGAAAAACCGUACCCACGACGCGGGAAAACCAGGAUGCCCAAGCGACUCGUCCAUACUAAAGUACUAUAUGAUCUCGGCUAUCCCUACUACGAAGAGGAUGAGAAGACUAUCUUGAUAGAGAAAGCUCUGGGACCUGAUAACAUCGAUGAGGUGUUUACCAUGUCCAAGGAGUAUUUUGCGCGCGAGACCCAUACGACGCGUUUGAUAGAAGCCCCACCCGCAGAGACUGUCAGAGAAGUCAAGAUCGAAAAGGACUUCAAAGAGAUCGAUGACGUAAGGACGUUGCCUUUGGAAGAGGCACCAAGAUCUGUGCGAGAUUGGGACGCUCUCUCGGUUCGAUCGGGUGCCAAGUCUGCCAGAUCCCGCUCAAGACGGCGCUCGCGAAGGGGUUCUUCGCCAGGUGAGACAGUCAAGCAGGAGAUCAUCGAGAAGAAAGAGAAGAUCAUAGAGAGAGAGGUGUCCCCGGCACGGACUCACCGAAGUCACAAGCACCGAGAUUUCUCGCCUACAGCCACAAGCAGAAGCGGCAGCGAGGUCUUCGUGGAGAAGAAAAUCAUACGCGAGGAAGACGAUUUCGACGAGUCGAAUUCGGUUCAUGUCGGGCCGCUUGCUCUUGUGGUUGAUCGGCAUCCAGACCGCAGCGACCGAGACAUCAAAGAAGAGAUUAGGCGACUCGAAGCCGAAAGGAAAGCCCUACGCCGUGAGCGCCGCUACGAGCGGGAGGGUGGUGAGCUUAUCAAAAUCGAACGGGUACGCGAGCGAUCACCUUCGCCCGUGGGUGAGGUUAUUGUUGCGGACCGCCGAGGCGAUGAAAUACUCGAAGUCAGAAAGGACAAAAGAGGUAGGAUGUCGCUGGUGCGCUAG